CUGUUUCGUCUAGUCUCUAGACGCUAGACGCGUGUCAGUCUGGAGGGGCAACCGGUCGAUGGGUCCGCGGUUUAGAGGAAGCACAUCACCACCAUAUGGACACCGCCUCCGAGGAACUGAAUUACAUUGUAAACUUUAACGCAGUCGCGCCUCCGCCUCCUCAAAGUUGAGCAGAGCGAGUUUUCCUCCUUGCGUUUGAAAGCGGCGAGGCGUUCGCGGACACUCCGGGAAGUUAUCAGAACACAGUGUUACUGCAGCAGUCCGCUGGUUACGUCAAUGUCUGUCCGUGUGAAUGUCCACGUUGAACAAAGUGCAAGGUCCCCUCACAGCUCCGAUAUGAGCUGCGCGCGGCUGUAGCCACCACUGCUCCUUACUUUCCCUUUGCAGCCGACCUAAAUGUGCCCUUUUGCUCUUUCUUAUUGUUUUUUGUAGAAGCUAGAUUUAUUUAGACUCUGAACAUGUCGUGCCUGUUGCUGGGAGUAAUACGAAGACAUGGCGGUGUCAGGGCGAGCGUCGGGGUUCGCUCCCUGGCCUCCGUCCCCUCGCUGCCCCCGGCGGUGGCUGAUUUUGUGAAGAGAGCAGUGGCCGAGUGCAAGCCCGCCGGUGUGCACGUGGUGACGGGGACGCCCGAGGAAGCGGCCAACAUCCUGGCCGGUCUGGAGAUCGAAGGGAUGGUCAAGAAGCUUCCCAAAUACGAGAACUGUUGGUUGGCGCGUACAGACCCGAAGGACGUGGCUCGGGUGGAAAGCAAGACGGUGAUUGUGACCAAGAACCAGAGGGACACCAUCCCCAUCCCGGCUGGAGGGGUGAAGAGCCAGCUGGGCAGCUGGAUGAGCGAGUCCGACUGGCAGACCGCCAGACGGGAGCGUUUCCCGGGUUGCAUGUCCGGUCGGACCAUGUAUGUGAUUCCCUUCAGUAUGGGCCCUGUAGGCUCGCCUCUCUCUAAAUAUGGUGUCCAGGUGACCGACUCGCCGUACGUUGUGGCCAGUAUGGGGAUCAUGACUCGGAUGGGCACACCUGUGCUGAACAAACUGUCCGAAGGGGCGGAGUUUGUCCGCUGUCAGCACUCUGUGGGGCGACCCUUACCGCUCAAAGCCCCUCUGGUCAACUCGUGGCCCUGCAACCCGGAGCAGGUGCUGAUCGCUCACCUGCCGGACACCAGGCAGAUCAUGUCCUUCGGCAGUGGCUAUGGAGGGAACUCUCUCCUGGGGAAGAAGUGCUUCGCCCUCCGCAUCGCCUCGCGCAUCGCCAAGGAUGAAGGCUGGCUGGCCGAGCACAUGCUGAUUUUGGGUAUUACCAACCCGAAGGGAGUGAAGCGUUACGUAGCGGCGGCCUUCCCCAGUGCCUGUGGUAAAACCAACUUGGCCAUGAUGAAACCAGCUCUGCCAGGCUGGAAGGUCGAGUGUGUGGGCGACGACAUUGCGUGGAUGAAGUUCGAUGGCCAGGGGAAACUGAGGGCCAUCAACCCAGAGAACGGUUUCUUCGGCGUGGCUCCCGGCACCUCGGAAAAGACCAACCCGUACGCCAUGGCCACCAUCGUCAAAAACACCGUGUUCACCAACGUGGGCGAGACCAGCGACGGAGGAGUGUGGUGGGAGGGCCUCGCCCCCCCCGCAGCCGGGGUCACGCUCAAAGACUGGCACGGGAACGCCUGGCAGCAAGGAAGCGCGACUCAUUGUGCCCACCCCAAUUCCCGCUUCUGUGCCCCGGCGGCUCAGUGUCCCAUCGUUGACCCCCAGUGGGAGAGUGCGGAGGGCGUUCCCAUCGACGCAAUCAUCUUCGGCGGCAGGAGGCCGGAAGGGGUCCCUCUGGUGUACGAGUCUUUCAAUUGGCAACACGGAGUCUUUAUUGGAGCUUCCAUGAGGUCUGAAGCCACGGCAGCUGCUGAACAUCAAGGCAAGAUGAUCAUGCACGACCCCUUCGCCAUGCGCCCGUUCUUUGGUUACAACUUCGGCGACUACCUCGCUCACUGGCUGAGCAUGGAGAACCGCAAGGCGCCCACUCACCUGCCCAAGAUCUUCCACGUCAACUGGUUCAGAAAGGACCCCGCGACCGGCGCCUUCCUCUGGCCCGGCUUUGGCGAGAACGCCCGCGCCCUGGAGUGGAUCUUCAAGCGCUGCAGCCGGGAGAGAGAGGACGAGGCGGCCAAGAAGAGCAUUAUCGGCUGGCUGCCAGCAGAUGGCGCCAUCGACACUAAAGGCCUGAGCGGCGACGUGGAUAUGGGCGCCCUGUUCGACGUGCCCAAGUCUUUCUGGCAGAAUGAGACGAAGGAGUUGAGAGCCUACUUCACCCAGCAAGUUGGAGCGGAUCUGCCAGCUCAGGUGGAGGCGGAGCUUAAGGCACUGGAGCGCCGAGUGCACAGUUAAAACCCUUCGGCCAGGAAGUCCACACAGAAACGGGGCGGUUGUCACUGAUGACUCAGGAUUCAGAUCGUUAGGGUUCACUCAAGAGUCACUGGAUGGGUUUACGUUCACAGAGGACUUGGUUAUGGUUUUAUCAACGUGAACACAAACGCUGAGUGGAGAACCAGGUUGAGGUGUCCCUGUGGCUGCGAAACACCCCACUCCUCUUUAGUGUUCACCAACCACAUAGGAUAUGUACUGAAGUGUAGAAGACGGUUCUAGUACUCGCUGCUCAGUCAAAGAUGCUUUAUGCGUUGUUUUGUACAAUGAUUGGAUGAAUAAACUCUGUGAAAAUGCAA